AUGUUGUCGAAUUCAGCGGCCGGCGAAGAAGUUCCACCGUAUAAAAAGAGGAAGAUGUCGAAUUCAGAUUCACCGAUGUCGUCGAUGCUGCCAGACGACAUGGUUCUGAGCUGCGUGGCUCGGAUGUCGAGAUCGGACCAUGCGUCCUUGUCUCUGGUCUCCAAGCGUCAUCGCUCUCUGGUGGCUUCGCCUGAGCUGUACAGGAUGAGAUCGCUAUUGGGUUGCGCCGAGAAUUGCCAAUACGUAUGCUUGCUCACCCCAAUCCCACGCUGGUUCAUCCUCAGCCGCGGUAAGUCUGUGAAUCGGCGGCUUCUGAGCCCGAUCCCUUCGCCACCCCCCUGCGGGACUCUGGAAGCAUCCUCCGUGGUGGUGCUUGAUUGGGGGAUCUAUGUAAUCGGCGGUCUGAGGAAUGGGAAGUCCACUUCCGAUGUCUGGGUUUUGGAUUGCAGGACUCACACGUGGCGCAGCCUCCCUCCCAUGAAACUGCCUCGAGCUAACGCGGCUGCGGGAGUCGUGGACGGUAAGAUCUACGUUCUGGGAGGCUUUCUCUUCUUUUGUCACUCGAAAUGGGGAGAGGUUUUCGACCCAAAGACUCAAACUUGGGAGUGUUUGCCCCGGGAGGAAGACGCUGUGUAUAUCCACGACAGUGUGGUGAGGGAUGAUAAGGUGUACGCGGUGGACGGGAAAGAGUCUGUCUUUUACUACUCGCCGAGGGAAGGGAAAUGGGGAAGAGGCAAUCGUGGUGAAAGGAUAGGGGCGAGGCAUUGGUGUAUGGUUGAUAAUGUGCUCUACUGUAUUAGUGCAAAAGGGGCUCUACUUUGGUAUGAGCCUGAGGAGUUGGAUCGGCGUGAUACAGAGAGGGUCAUGUGUUCGAAAGAGGUCAACGGUUUGGGGUCUCUGAAGAAGAGUCUCUCUCGUUCCAGACUCGUUCACCUUGAUGAGCAGAGUUCGGCUCUGUGGGACUCAGCUAAGAUCAGGCUUGGUAAAACCAAAAAGCUGGUGGAUUUGCUUCCCGGGGCCAGGCUCACCAACUCUGGUCGGAACCUUUUGCUCUUCUGGGACGUGGUCGAGGGGGAUCGUCUUGAGAUUUGGUGUGCUGAGAUCUCAUUGCAGAGACGACCCCAAGAAGGCGAGAUUUGGGGCAGUGUCGAGUGGUCUAAUGCUGUCAUGACCCUUGAUCCUUUCGUAGAUCACUACAAGGUUAUGUAUACUGCUUCUGUUACUCUAUGA